CAUAUACGAUAAACAGCAGCGAGGGAAAAGAAGUUACCCAAAGGAUAUUUGUGUUAUGUCUGAGAGGGAUCUUUCUUCUUUAUACUGAUAUUUUUAUAUUAUACAGAUCUCUCUCUUUUUCUCUCUCCUUUCCGAUUCCUCGCAUCAGCCAUGGGUAUCUGGGAAGCUUUUCUCAAUUGGCUUCGAAGCCUCUUUUUUAAGCAGGAAAUGGAGCUUUCAUUGAUAGGAUUACAAAAUGCGGGAAAAACAUCUCUUGUAAAUGUUAUUGCUACUGGUGGAUACAGUGAAGACAUGAUACCAACAGUGGGAUUUAACAUGCGCAAAGUGACUAAAGGAAAUGUGACAAUAAAAUUGUGGGACCUUGGAGGUCAACCCAGAUUCCGCAGCAUGUGGGAGAGAUACUGUCGCGCAGUUUCUGCUAUAGUUUAUGUUGUUGAUGCCGCUGAUCCUGAUAACCUCAGCAUUUCAAGUAGUGAACUCCAUGACCUGCUGAGCAAGCCAUCGCUGAGUGGUAUUCCAUUGCUUGUAUUGGGGAACAAGAUUGACAAGCCUGGUGCCCAGUCCAAGCAGGCUUUGACCGACCAGAUGGGAUUGAAAUCAAUAACUGAUAGAGAAGUGUGCUGCUAUAUGAUCUCGUGCAAGAAUUCCACCAAUAUUGACUCAGUCAUUGAUUGGCUUGUUAAGCACUCGAAAUCAAAGAGCUAAGGAUGACACACUUUUUUGUAGUACUGAUUUGUAUGUUAACUUGUGAGGCUAUUGGUUUUUUCUGCUGGUUUCUCCAGAGUUCUCCUUGUAUGUAUAUUAAAUUAUCUUGUCAAUUGAAAGAGUUGUUGCAUGUUUUUUUUUGUUUUUCUUUUUGUGA